AUGGAUCACAAACUGGUGCUCGCCACUUUAGCACUGCUGCUCAGUGUCUCACAGGGCAAGCCUCUGAAGGGGGACCAAAGUGGAAAAGGUCAAAGAGAAAGAAGUAGCCCAAGGAUCCCUGAAGAUAAGGAUGUCUUCAGCAUCAUCUUAGAAGCCAAUAAAGAAAUCAAAGCGCAUAUGAUGGAGGGUGACAUUGUCGUGUCAAACUCCAGGAAUGCCAUGAACUGCCCGGACAACUCAUGCUUUUGGCCGAAGGCCUCUGAUGGAUUUGUUUAUGUGCCUUAUACGAUCUCCAGUGAAUACAGUGCUGAAGAGAAGGCAAUAAUCUCCAGUGCAUUCCCAGACUUCGAUGUACAGACCUGCAUUAGAUUUAAACCACGAACUACAGAAAAAGACUACAUAAAUAUCAGUCCCCAGAAUGGCUGCUGGUCCAGUCUUGGAAAGCUGAAAGGCACUCAGCAAGUGUCCCUGUCAAAGGGAGGCUGUGUUUACAAAGCCACGGCUCAACAUGAGCUCAUCCAUUCGCUAGGCUUCUAUCACGAGCAGAGCAGACCUGACCGCGACAGCUAUGUCAGAAUCAACUGGCAGUAUAUCCCAGAAGAGCAAGCUUCUAACUUUUACAAGCAGGACAUUAAUACCUUGGGCAUGCCAUACGACUACACCUCCAUCAUGCAUUAUGGAAGGGAUGCUUUCUCAAAUACAACUGGACAGCCUACUAUUGUACCCAUUCCAGAUGAAACGGUAGAAAUCGGACAGAGAAUAGCAAUGUCUCCUAGAGAUAUUCAAAAGAUCAAUAAGCUUUAUGGCUGCAGUAAGUACAAUGUGCCUCAUGUCUUCUGA